AUGCCUUUGAGUACUUUACCCCUGGUGCGGCUGCCGGAGCCGUACAAGACAACUUAUAAAUUGCACGUCGUAUCCAAUGAGCAAAAUCUCCGCACGUUUCAGCUGUUCAGAUCUCCUCGCAGCGAUGAAGGCAUACCACCCCCAAAACCAUUGGACCAUGCGACGUUGGGGUUCACAGAUUUGGCUCAACCCGAUCCUUCUUCCACGCCAGACGAGGGAAAUAACUCACCCUGGGCACGCGCACAGAGAAGUCCAGUUACCUAUAUUACAUGGACAGGCUCGGAGACGCCGACGGUGGGCCAUAUCUGGAAUGUGGUUUAUGCCAUUGAGACUCUGCGCAGCGAAUUCGAGAUAUUCCGCGUAGUACUGUCUGGCCAUGGAAGCGAUAUUCUUGCACGCGAGCUACAGGGAGUGGGCUUAGCCAUCGCACAUCCUGAACCAUCUGCUGCGCCAGGAAAGCCCAUCCCAAUCACCACAAGUUACCUGGGACAGUUGGUCUUUUCCCGUAGCAGCUUCUGGCAAGGAGCUGGCUCACCCUUUGGUACCCGUCCAGCGUGGGUCUCUGAUCCGGGGAUUUACAGCUAUAUGCGCAAGCCGUUGAGCAAUUAUCCUUCCCGACCACGCCAACAUACAGUCACCAUUGGUUUCCCCGAGCGUCGAGUACAUGCCCUUCACCCGGUACGACCACCUAAACCAGCCCCUGGUUCUCGCAUCUACAGCCGGUACAUUCCACACUUGGACGAGUUUUUCUCAGUCUAUGCGCUAGACUACACGAACGAAGAACACCUGGGGCUGUUCAAUAAGUGGCAGAAUGACCCUCGAGUGGCUCAGGGGUGGAAUGAGACUGGUACUCUGGACCAACAUCGUGAAUACUUGCGCAAAAUCCAGGAGGAUCCACACCAGAUCGCUGUUCUGGCCAAGUUCAACAAUAUUUUCUUUUCCUAUCAUGAGAUAUACUGGACCAAGGAGGACCAUCUUGGUGCGUACUACGAUGCUGGUGACUGGGACAGAGGCCGCCAUUCGCUAGUCGGCGAUGAGCGUUUCCGAGGCCCACACCGCACGAUUGCAUGGUGGUCCGGCUUGAUGCAUUACAUCUUCCUAGAUGAUCCACGUACGGAGGUUGUGACUGGAGAGCCAAAAUACUCGAAUCUCGCUCCCUUGGCCUACGACCAUGCUACGGGCAUGAAUUUGGCCAAGCUGGUUGAUCUGCCACACAAACGGUCCGCACUCAUCAUUGGUAGUAGGGAGAAGUUUUUCCAUGUAGCACCCCUACGAUUUGACGGAUCUGACACUCUCGACCGCAAUCCGUUCCGGUCCUUGAAAUUGUGA